GACGGAGUCACCCGAGGAUUGAGCAUCGGUGACUCACUACUGUUCUGAGUUGGAGGCAUUCAUUCGCCUCCAGACGAGCGUUAUGUUUGGAAACUCCAGAUGAAAUCGAAUCUAUCCAGGGUUGAAACAUAACCAUAUGGCGAACCGAUGCAGCAUCCCUACGUAUUCCCCCUCCGUUCCACCACUGACAUACAUUCUACAGACUUUACUUACACAGUAUGUAAGUAAAGGCAAUCUGUUAGAUCACAGGCAUGCAGGCAAGAACGCAGAUCGCACCCGAGGCUCUGAUAAAGAAUGAGGGGCCUUCUUUUUCCGAAAGUCGUGGCAUGCAAAGCGGGCCAUACUGUAAGAAAGGGGAGAAUAAGCAAAUCUUACAAGCCAAACUCCCUGCCGCUAAAGGAAGGGAGGACAACUUUCUGAACCGUGCCCUCUGCACGGUGACAUCUUCUCACAUCAUCUUGAUAAUAGCCGUCACUGUCUCCGCUAGAUCAGCUGGUCCAUGAUUCAUCGAAUGCACUGCACUCAUAGGUAUGAUUCAUCAAGCGUGCGUCUAGACGCAGGAAACACGAGUUGGCUGCCGGAUGGCCUGCACUCCUCUCUCAG